AUGCCAAGGUAUUACUGUGAUUAUUGCGACACUUAUCUCACCCACGAUUCCCCAUCAGUGAGGAAGCAGCACAAUGCUGGUUACAAACACAAGGCGAAUGUGAGAAUAUACUAUCAGCAAUUCGAGGAACAACAAACGCAAAGUCUGAUUGAUCAGAGAGUCAAGGAGCAUCUUGGCCAAACUGCAGCAUUCCAACAGGUUGGUGCUAUGUUUAAUCAGCAUAUGCUCGCUAGACCUCGCCUUCCUAUGAUGCCACCCCCUGGAAGUAUGCCUAUGGGGAUGCGACCUCCUGUUCUGCCUAGACCCAUGAUGAUGCCUGGUCAAGGUUACAUGCCGCCUCCAGGAGUACCACAGAUGAUGGCACCGCCUGGUGCUCCUUUACCAGGUCCUCCACCGCAAAAUGGUAUUCUUAGGCCACCAGGAAUGGCUCCAUUACCAGGUCAAGGUGGUGGACCACCUCCCAAUUAUAAUGGACUACCUCCUCCUCCUCCUCCUUAUCAUACAAAUCCAGCUGCUGCUCCUCCACCAGGUGGCAACUUCAACAAUCCAAACCCCAACCCCGGUGCUGAAUCUCCUGAAAGCAAUGAGUAG